UAGCAUUCGUGCGCUCUUUCUUGUGCGAGACUGUUUUCUGUCAUUCUUUUUGCGUGUGUAGAAUCCAGACCUGACUUUCUUGUGGUGUGCUAUCUAUUUACAAAGUUGUGAAACGGAACAGGAACCGUUUGUCCGAAUGCGUGCCCAUUGGUGAAUGGCGACGUCGUGAGACGAACAUGUCAAUUCAAACCCGCGGCUGCGAGUGAUUGAGCUACAAUUAAUUCCAACAAAGCUCGUGAAAAAGUGUCUGCGUACGUGCGCAACGGGCGUAAUUCCGAUUUCGAAGCAGAUUCCAUCGAACUUUUGCACAUUUUUUACACCACCGGAAGGUUGGGGUCAUCGUGCACUUUCUCGGAACUCCUUGCCCCUUUUGUUGCAUGUUUCGUGUCUGCCGUGGGCCACUUCCGUGCCAGUGCCGUUGUUCGGUGGUGUCAACUGCAACUUCCUUCUAGUGCGUAAAUAAAAACACGGCUGCAACAAAGUGUGUCGAUAUGGCGGAUAAAAGCACCAGCGAUGAAAACACUUCCGCGGAUGCACCGAGCAGCCCGGCCAAGGGUAAGGGGACGGAUGUUCCGACGAGUCCAACGGGAAGUACCGCUUCGGCCAGCUCGUCCAGCUGGUGGGGCUCGUGGAUUGAUACGGCCCGCACAAAGUCUGCGUCGGUACUGGAGGCGGUCAAGAAUGAUCUAACAGAGCUCACAACGGUGGUGAAAACGGAAGCCUCCAGCGCCACCGAGGCGAUCGGUCGUUCGCUUAACCUAGGCGAACCCGACUCGACCGUCGGUGCGAUGAAGAAAAGCUUCAGCAGCUUCCUCGGACAGGUCACGGAGGCACUGGUGCCGUCGCUCGAGGAGGACGAAGAAACGGAAGCGGUCAUGAUAACGGCGGACGGGACGCUUACGCUGACCGGUUUCUACAAGCACCUGGCCGAGAUGCAGGCCAACGACGAGACAUACCUGCAGGAGCCGGCCGAUGAGCUGCGGGAGAAGUAUAAGCGCUGGAUGGAGGUGGUCGAGCAGGAGCAAUUCACCGAGCCGCGGCUGGCGAAACAUCUGGCCAGCAGUACGAUACUUAACGACAAGUAUGUCACCCUGGUGCCUGCCAAAGUUGCUCAUAUGGAUUUUUGGAAGAGGUAUCUAUUUAAGAAAGCCCUUCUAGAGGACGCAAUUGCAAAUGCAGAAAUUGCUGAACGCAAAGCAAAGGCUGCCCUUGCCACCACGGAAACGAUCGCUCCAGCCAAGACGAUCGUGCAAACCGAUCAACCGAGACGAACCAUCGAAGAAGCUGAUAGUGAUGAAACGCCAUCGUACCCCAUCGCCGACGAGCUUGCCUGGGGCGAAGUGCCUGAAUUCGACGCAACGAACAUCGAGCUGUCCGAGGAGGAGCAAGCCCGUCUGCUGGAGGAAUACGAGCAGGAGAUACGGGAGCGCGAGAAGUCGCUCACGACCAGCAUCGGCAAGCUGGACAUUGUCGACGAGUCGCUCCUGAUCCAGUCCGACAUCGAGGGCACCCCACAGAAGACCCCGAAGGUUGCCCCGGAAGCCGCCAAAUCGACGGCGAAGAAAGACUCGCCCGCUGCAGCCAAAAGCGCUGCCGGGCCGAAAGCCACAAACAACCAAAAGUCCAGCCAGGGAAAACCGACCGCCACCUCGCAGCCUCAAGCGGAAAAAGGAGCUAACAAAUCAUCGAACGCUGGUGCCACCGGUAGGAAUGUAAAUACCAGCAAAAACCAACCGAGUGCGGCCAACAAGAAGGCGGCACAGACGGCAACGCCGGCCGGUAAGAAGAAGGACCAGCUAAAGAUGGACAAGAACCAUUUCACGAAGGAAGCGGAAGCGUCCUCGUCGAACUCGGACGAAAGCUGGGAGAAGGAGUUCGAGCUGGAAUGAGGCGAACCGAUCGAUCUGCGCCGGGAGCUAGCCGAGUGCGCCGAUUGGUCCUAAAUGUCUCGUUUUCGUUUUAUUCCAAUGCUCCACAACAAAAGAAUUAGACCUUGCGUACGAAUGAACCGAUUCUUUGGCGAACGCUUUUUACUAAAGUCCGUAAAUGUUGCCGCGUGGAAAGGAUGAACGUUUACUGUAGCGUUCGUCCUUUCACGUCCACGUCCUGUGUUGCAAGCAAAAGCACGUGGUGGCACGUUUUCGUACCCUCAUUCCCCGUUUUGCGGGUUACACACUUGCGUGCAUUAAUUGUGUGUGGUUUUGUGCAAAUAUGCUUGUCUAAGAUGCAAAAAAAAAAAUUAUGGACUUCCGCAGAAGACAGCGGAAAGACAACGCGUGCCACGCACGUGUCUAGUUUAUGUAAUCUUUUUGAAUUAUUGUGUAGGUUAUAACGAAUAGUUGUUUAGUUAAGCGCAGAUCGUUUUCUAAUGACAGUUUUGCAGGCUCAGAAGGGCUAUUCAGAGCUUGCGCCGCAGGGGUAAGAGGUCAACUUCCGCAAGAAACUAAUUGUUUAUGUUAUUUUUAUGCAUCACCAAACGGAAGCAAAAUUAUAUCCUAUGUACACUUGCUUAUUUGGCACCGUGUCUAAUAGAUAAUCGAUAGUUUCUUUCGUCAAAAUGGGCGCACUUUGAGUAAAACGCAUCGGGGCAAAAGAUCCUUGCGCAAAUUCUCCUCCGGUGACCAACGCGCAUCAUGGUGGACAACCCACGGGGGCGUGGGAUUAGAGGACGGAACAAGAACACGGAGUUCGUGCACACACGGACACGCAACUCCAACACGUGGGCUCAACUAGUUAAUCGACGUAUAGUUUUUAAUUGUUUCCUCUUUUAAAUGUAACCCCUUAUCUCCUGUAUCCGUACAUGCUGGUAAAAAAACACGUGAUCGUUUGUGACGGUGGAACGAGGAAGACAUCCCAAUUCGUGCAUACAUGCUUGCAUGGUUCUUCAAUCGUUUGUGUCACAUUAAAUGAUAAAUAAAUUGAAUCAUAUUUUAUU